UACUGAAGUCUCUUGAUACCGACUCGUCCGUUUCUUACUUGAUUACAUCUCCACAUGUUUCGGGUCACUCGUCAGCAAACCUUUUCUCGCCCUAUCCUGACAUAUUCUGCACUGGUCAUAUUUGUCUUGUUUUGUUUUAGUUAUGUUAUCGCUGAUCAAGUAAAGGAAGCGUGGUCUGGGCUCAAGGAUGAUAGAAGGCCUGAUUUCAACCACUACGUUCUGUCCAAGACAUUGCCUGCAGAACACAUCCCUACCGAUGACACUACUAAACGGAUCAUUGCUGUCGGAGACAUCCAUGGCAUGAAUCAGUCACUUCACUCUUUAUUAAAGAAAGUAUCAUACGACCCAAACCAGGACACGUUGAUACAUCUCGGGGACAUAGCCGUUCGAUCAUCCCUUUCAAACUCACUGGCCGUACUUUCUUUCAUGGCAAACAACGCCAUCCUCGGGGUCCGGGGCAACAAUGAUCAUGAAAUUAUCCAGUGGCGAACCUGGAUCAACUGGAUCUCGCUACUUCCUGGCGGACAGGCGUGGUUAGCUCAAGUCGAUGAUAAGCUGUUUGGGACAGACGAAGACUCUAAUUUCAAAUUCAAGAAGUGGCUGAAGCAGGAGAAGGGUAACAAGAAAUGGCUAAACAAGAUCCCCGAUGAUUGGAAAAUCCACAGGAAACACUUCGAGAUCGCUCGAGCGAUGUCACAAGACCACUAUGAAUACCUUGCGUCGCUCCCUCUUAUCCUGCACGCACCGGAAGCGCACACCUACUUCGUACACGCAGGACUCUUGGCCUAUGACCUAAAGCACAAACCGUCACAUCCCGACCAGCCUCUUUCUCAUUUCCCCACACUCCCCCAAGCUCACACGAAUGUAUCACUUCUUAGGAGCCUGCAAGAGAAGGCUCUUCUUAGCGAUAUUCCACAGAACAAGGAUCCGUGGGUUCUCAUGAACAUGAGGAGUAUCAAGAAGAAUGGCAAGAUAACGAAGAGUAACACGAAAGGCUCGCCAUGGGCGAAGUCGUGGAAUCGCAUUAUGGAUCGUUGUUCUGGAUUUGUGUCACUCGAUGACGAUCUCGAUCAGCUUCCCUGUUAUCCGUCGACGGUUGUCUAUGGGCAUGCAGCAUACAGAGAUUUGGAUGUGAAUAGGUGGUCCAUUGGAUUGGAUACAGGUUGUGUUUACGAGCGCGAAUUGACAGCCCUUGUCCUCGACUGGAAGUCUCUUCAGUCAUCACCUUCGUCAAUCAUAGAAGCUGACGAGAAUAACCUGAAGAAAUCGCCAUCACAGAUCCCCUAUGGCGACCAUGGUCAGGCUCAGAUCGUCAGCGUGCAGUGUAAAUCAUCAUGAUUGUCUCGGAUAUACAUUUCUUUGUUACCUUACGGCUUACUAUAGUUCAAGUACAGGUCCGCCACAUUAUUAAUGAACAGAGCCAAUCUCUUUGACUGUGUAUGAUCUAGUUGUCACAAUUCUUGUAUAUAUUGCCUUCACUUGAAUCGACCUCACACGUAGAAUGUACAGCAAAACGCGUUCACAUA